CAACUGCAGGUGGUGGAACCUGUGCCCUCUGCUCUCCCAACAGUUGUCUCGGCUGUCGCGCCUGUCCUGAGGAAAGCCCUGUGGAAGGAGCUCUGCGCUGGGAUUCAGGACACCGGAGCGUCGCGUGAGGCCACUGUGAAACUGCAGAUUCUUUCAAAGUUGUUGCCACCUUCGGAAAGCAAAGGGCUGCACAACCUAAUGGACCAGCUUCCUGCUGCUCUGGAGAGAGCAGGGAAUGAACAGAGUUGGGCUGUGGCAGAUGCCAUUUCCAGUGUGCUUAAAAACUCGGAGGAGCUGCAUUCCUGGAGGAGACGUCUGUUGUCAGCCUGCAUGAAGGGCUUAGCUGCCGUGUACAGCAGCAGUAAAGAUGAAAGCAAGCAAGAAGUGGAGAGGUCCAUGCUGCUGAGGCUAGAGGAAUUACUGUGUGUGGUUGAAGAAGUGGACCCAGAAGACUGGUGCAGCCUUGUGAAGACGGGACUCAAGUACCGUUACAGAGAUGAAACAUUUCUGAAGGUCCUGAACGUUGCCAUCCAGUUGCUAUACAAGAAAGAAUCCUGACUUAGUCAGAGGUUAAUCAAGCUCUCCAAACUUCACAUGAUGGUCACACAGCACUCUCUAUUUUUGUCGUCCAUCCUGAGGUCAAGAGAAGAAGAUGGCAUGAAUAUCCAGACAAGAGAGGCGCUGGUGGACGUUCUGCUGACAGCUGUGCAGCUCAGCCCCUCUCUCUGUGCGAGCAGUCACCUCCCAGUGCUGCUGGGAGCCUAUGGGGCCACGCUGAGCACCGUGGAUCAGAAGAUACUGCUGUUGCUUCAGUUGUAUGAGAAGAAUAAUCAAAGUCUUAUAAACUCCAGGAUCCUGCUGUGGGGUCCAGCUGCUGUGGAGCAUCACAAGACUUGCAAGAGUCUUGGGAAGUCCCUGUGGCAGCAGCCAAGCAUGGAGGAGAUUCUGUGUCUGCUGGAUCGAGAGAAGAUGAUGAAGACGAUUCUGUCGUUCCCUCAGCAUCGCCGGCUGCUGCCAUCACAGGGAAUACAAGAGUCACUAUAUAAAGAUGAAACAGUCAAGAGUCUUGAUGACUUCUAUGAUCCUUGUUUUCUACUUCAGCUCUUCAGUGAACUGACCAGACCAGAGUGUGUGGUGGCGUGUCACAAGUUCGUGGAGGUCAAUGCCCUGGGUCUCACGGUGGCUGCCCUGAGCAGCUACGACUCCAACAUGAGAGCUGCUGCCUAUUUUGUCCUGGCUUCCUUCCGCGGCCAUCUGGAAGGGGCUCGCUUUCGAGAGAGGAGCCAGUUGCUGUAUCUCUUGGAUGCUGUGCAGAACGGAAUCAGGCAGCCAAACCUCAGGUUCACCUUCUCCAUGACCCUCUACGUUGCUCGUGUGGCGCAGCAGAUCCUGAAGCCAGAGGAGCACAUGUACAUAAAGGUAAACAGAUUCCUUCUGUCACACCGGUAUUUGGACCUGAGGAAAGUACCAGGUUUUUUCCAGCUUUUCUACAGUUUUGAUUUUGAGUACAAAACAGAGCGUGAGUGGAUCCUCAGAUUUCUUGGGGAAGGGCUGCGUGACAAACAUUGCUAUGAGCUUUAUGACUACCAGAGGAUUUUCCAGGUCGUUCUUUCCUUUUUCAACAGUCCUUUGUGUGAUGAAGGCUCCCAGAGUCGUAUUCUGGAGAUAUUACAAAGUGCUGCCCGUGUCACCAGAGCUGCCUAUGAGCUGAUACAGGAUCACAGCCUCCUCACAUGGGUCCUGCACAGCUUAGAGAAAAGGUUUCUGGAAAACAAGGUGAUAAAUAAAAUUAUUUCCUUACUCCAUACUCUGUGGCUAACAAAUUUAGGGGACAAGAGAGAAAACAAGAAUCAGUCUCAGGAGAAGAGGAAACUUCUUCCUAUUCAGCUUGUCAAUGAAUUUCUGUAUGUUUUGGUCACAUUAAUCAAACAUAUUAGGACUAAUGUAGAUCUGGCCAAGCUGGCUGAGUUCUUCAGCACCCUCAGCUCUGUGCUGGAAUACCGUGCUGUUGUUGCUGAGGCUUUUAGGGAGAUGAGGCGUUUCACGGUCAACGACAGCGUCCUCUCCAGCAGGGAGCUGCUGCUGCUGCUGCACAAGUGGAGCCUCAUCUGCAAAGACAUGCAGCUGCAGGAGGACCUGCAGGCCCUGGCUCAGAAGUACCAAAACAAAGAAUUGCUCAAAAAUAUUAAAGACAAGAACAAACCUCAAGCCUCAUCUCAUGUGUAUCGUCACAUUCGGAAAAAGAACGAGGUGGAAGAAGAUGACGCUGCUGCAGAUGUGGAAGUGUCUGAGCUGGAGAAAUGCAGAGAACAUCUGAAUUCCAUACUUGCCCACUGGGACCCUGUUUUCCCGGCACCACCCUCCACACAGGGAGGGGAGACCCUCAGAGCUGGUGAACCUGGGGGCGAGGCAAUGGCUGUCACCUGUGCUUCUACUCAUGUGGUCACUAAGUGGCUGGUGAGGUCCCUGGCUGGGCAGAGCCUCCUCAGGGAGCAGGACGUGUCCCCAGCGCUGAGGUGGCUGCAGAACCGUGUCCUGCCACACCUGGCGGCCACGCGGGAGAUGCUCAUGGAUGAGACACUGAGGAACAACCUCUUCAGGCUUUACGCCCGGCUCUGCCAGGCCAGCAGCACCUCAGCUGGGCUCUCCAGGGAGCUCGGAGUGCUCAGUUCCAUCAUGCUGCAGCUCCUGGAAGAGCAGGGCCUGGCCAGCACCUUCCACGAGCUUGUGAAAUCCCUGCACCUAUCAGCAGCGACGGAAGAGGAUGCGGACAGGACGGCUGUUUUUGUAUUCCUGACUUCCAUCUACAUCGGGGACGCGUGGCUUGGAGCGCAGGAGCCAGAUACGUUACUCACCCAUGUCAGAUUGGUCUGCACUAGCGCAGGUUGCGAAUUACAGGAUGACUUGGAAACUCGGAAACAAGGAGAAGAAACUAUUGUGUCUCUUUGCAAAAAAAUGGCUGCAUUAGGGCAUUAAUUCAGGGAACUGACACUUCAUCUUUAACGUUCUGUGCUCUGCCAUCAUCACUGUGAGCCAUGAAAGCCUCCUGAGCCCUUCUUAUACAAAAAAAAUCAGUAUUUUAUUACUGUGUGCACUCAGGGGAAAGAUUUUAUUCAGCAUCUCUCAGUGCAACAUUAAAGCUCCAUUUUCUCUACC